AAUAAUUACGUUGUUUAUCUUGAAAGGAAUACGAAUAUCGAUUUCAGAGAAGGUCAAAUAUUUUAUAUUAACCUUGACUAACUAAAUUCAAAACUGCAUCGCAGUAGGCUGAGAAUCACCGCUUUGUUCCAACCGUUCCAAUUGCCUAGUGUCUCUAGAAAAACAAAUCAAAACAGAAGUACGUGUAAAAAUGGGCAUUCGUUAUUUGGAAACCUUUAUCGGAGAUGAAGUACCAAACGGGUAUUUUUGGACUAACAUAAAAAAUUAAGGAAGAGAAUACAGCAGCCAAAACCUAGACUCGGAACCAAUACUGGUUCUGGACACUUCAUCGUUUUUAUUGGCGUUUUGCCAAAUUGAUGUCAGUGGACAAAUGUGCGGCGGGAGAUUCAACCGUGCUUUUUCUAUCAUGAGCCGUUUCUUCGCUGAAUUAUAUAGAAUGAAAUUUAAGUUAAUAUUUUUUAUCCGUGAUAGAUCUUUGAAUUUUAAAUAUAAUAUUUUCUACAAGUGUUUCACCGAUAUGACUGACACUGUGGAUGAAGGUUUAGAUUUGCAAACACUUGUCAAUUAUUCAACAUGUCCGCGUAACUACGACUAUGUGAUUAAGCAGCUAGGGAAAAUGUAUGGUACAGUCAUCAUAACUGUUGAUGCAGACUUCUCAGUACAGGAAUUGGUUGCAUAUGCCAAUUCAGUCGAAGCGUUUGCUAUUAUGAGCAACACCACAUCGUUUCUUUUAUAUGAAGGAAAUUGGCGCCUUUGGUCAUCUAAAGAUAUCGACAUGGAAAAUUUAAUAUGUAAAGAAUACAACCGGAAGGCAUUGAUGCAGACCCUCGGACUUUCUUAUCGACAGAUGGCUUUUUUCUCAACUAUCUCUGGAUGUUACAAGCUUUUACCAUAUGAAGAAAUUAAAAGAUUUCGUUCACAACUUGGAAUUCUUGGCAUGGCUAACUUUGUUCGGGAACACUACAGCGCCUUGAAUAAACCUCGAGAACUGCAGGCAAUUGUGUCGAUUAUAUAUUAUCGAUCACAUGUGAAUCGACAAAUGGUAGAAACUUUUCGUCGUUCUUUAAUGUACCAUACAACAGAAAGCAUCCCAAACCGGAACCCAACUAAGGAUCAUGUCAUAGACACGCUCUUGGCUUUGGAUCAUUCAUUGCCGUAUAAAAUAUGGACGAGACAGAAUUGCAACAUAAUCACAUAUUUUAUAGAUAUGCGGCUACCCGAGUUAGGAAAACAGUUUCCACAAUUAAUAAUUCCCAUUUUCCAACGCCUAGCCGGAAUAGUACUGUUUCACAAACGCAACCAACGACAAAUCUAUGACGGAAGGGACGUUAUUCUUGUCAUUAAAAUCGAUCACUUAGCAGAACAUCAAGAGAAAACUGUUACAGCGCAGUUUCCUGAAGACAUUACUCCACCACCGUUAUUGGAUCUUUACUCCAGUGAUCCGAUACUUUGUGUCAAUCUCUACAGUACAAAGCUACAACUGUACUGUUGGGUCGUAUCCAACGGGCUAGAGCACGGUGUACUGGAAACGAUUCCGGAGCGACUCCGCGUAACGGUUAGCACCAUUUUUUUCCUAAUGGAAAAUCACAUUCUCAAACUGUUCGAAGCCGACCUCUUACUGCAAGUAGCCUUCGAUGUGAUGCAUGAAACGUUCGACCACGAAACGAUUAAAUACCCCAGCCGUUUGGAUAGCCGGGCCUUCCACGUGGUUUUCGUUUACCAAGAGUUUUACAACCACUUUUCGGAAGCAGUUAAAUUGGUCGGUCUUGCCGGGAAGGAUUUUCGCAACUAUCCGCCACCGAUAUGCAGAGUGGAAGGAACGAGGAGGUAAUUUGCAGCAUAUCAAAUCAUGGAGAAUUUAUGCAGACGUUGGCGAGUGAUCUUUUCGAACAUAUUAUUUACCUAUCUAACUAACUUAAAGUUGCAUUGCAACAUCAACAGCAGGUUUUAUACAGAGAAAUGUGCCGAUUCUUUUGUAGUUUGGCACCUAAAAGUUCAUUUUGCAAUUGUUAGUUGCACUAUUUAUGAAAGGCUAAAAGCGCGAAAUGACUAAG